GUCACCCUGGGCGCGCCGCGGACCCCCAACAACAUGCCGCGGACCUUCUCCACGCUCAUGGCCAAGGAGCUGCGCGUCGCGGCCAAGGAGGCGAUGGCGGGCCGCGCCGACUGGCUGGAGGACCGGCCGGCCAAGACGCUGUCCGCCUCCUUCCAGAUCCUCAACCUGGUGCGGCAGCCCGUGCCGCCCAUGGCGCGCGCCUCGGCGCCGCUGCUGCAGCAGGCCACCCACCAGACGGACGAGGUGGUGGACGCCAUCGACGAGGAGGGCGAGACGGUGACGGGCAUGUGGCGGGGCGUGGGCCGCGUGCUGGGCCGCGUCGUGGACCUGGACACCAUCGUGUGGCCCGGCGGCGACCUGGUGGUGCCGGGGCUGUCCGCCAGGGCGCGCUCCGUGUUCCGCAUCGUCACCGCCCUGGCGCCGCCCUUCGUCAUGGAGGCCGAGCUGGACGAGGACGGCCAGUGCCUGCGCGGGCUGCCCUGCCACCGCCUGCUCACGCGCGGCAAGGACAACCUCACGCUGGUCUUCAGCGAGCUGGAGACGCAGGAGCGCGAGGACGCGGAGGAGGUCGUGGUGCCCGAGGACGUCGUGGACGUGCCCGACUACCCCCAGGACGAGCCCAAGGGCGAGCCCAGGGACGACGGCCCGGCCUCCACCGAGUCGACGGCGGGCGCGGAUGCGGGCGGCGGCAGGACGGACCACGACCGAUACUUCAUGUCUGACAGGGGGGAUUCCGAGGAGCAGUUCGACCUACCGAGAUACAAGUAUCGAACCAACUGCUGCUACGGGCUGGCCAUGGACCUGCUGGAGAACAUCGCCCACGAGCUGGAGUUCGAUUUCCACCUGUACGUGGUGUCGGACGGGGUGUUCGGCAGCCAGGUGCACGAGCACCAGCACCACAACCACAAGCCGUACUACGCCAGCGGCCAGCCGCAGCACACGCAGCAGUCGCACCACCUCGAGCAGGACCUGCAGCCGAAGAAUGCGCCGCCGCCGGCCGGGCAGCACGGCCAGCACGGCCAGCACGGCCAGCAGGGCGCCGAGCAGGCGAUGCACGACGCGGAGCAGGACCAGCGCCUGCAGCACCACCAGAAGCAGAAGUACUCGCCGGGCGGCGAGCAGCGCCCGCAGCGCAGCCGCGUCAACCGGGAGUCGCGCGCGCCCGGCCUGGCGCCGCCCGGCCGCGCGGCCAGGAAGUGGAACGGCAUCGUCGGGGACCUCACCUCGGGCGCGGCGCACAUGUCCUUCGCCGCGCUCAGCGUGUCCAGCUCGCGCUCCGAGGUCAUGGACUUCUCCGUGCCCUUCUUCUACUCGGGCGUGUCCUUCCUCGCCGCGCCCACGCAGAAGAGCGAGAUCCCGCUGCACGCCUUCCUGCUGCCCUUCUCGCCCGAGCUCUGGAUCGCCAUCUUCCUGUCGCUCAACCUGACCGCCAUCGCCGUGGCCGUCUACGAGUGGCUCAGCCCCUUCGGGCUCAACCCCUGGGGCCGGCAGCGCUCCAAGAACUUCAGCAUCGCGUCAGCGCUCUGGGUGAUGUGGGGCCUGCUGUGCGGCCACCUGGUGGCCUUCAAGGCCCCCAAGUCGUGGCCCAACAAGUUCCUCAUCAACGUCUGGGGCGGCUUCUCCGUGCUCUUCGUCGCCUCCUACACUGCCAACAUCGCGGCGCUCAUCGCCGGCCUCUUCUUCCACAACGCCGUCUCCAACUACCACGACCGCAGUCUGUUAAGCCAGAAGGUAGGCGCGCCCAGACACUCGGCCGCGGACUACUACGUGCACAGGGCCAACCCCCACCUGUGGGAGCACAUGCAGCGCUUCAGCGUGGCCACGGUGGAGGAAGGGGUGCACCGACUCAGGAACGGCACCCUGGACAUCCUGAUCGCCGACACGCCCAUCCUGGACUACUACCGCGCCACGGACCACGGCUGCAAGCUGCAGAAGAUCGGGGACGCCAUCAACGAGGACACGUACGCCGUGGGCAUGGCCAAGGGCUUCCCGCUCAAGGACAGCGUGUCCGCCGUCAUCGCCAAGUACACCAACAACGGCUACAUGGACAUCCUGCAGGAGAAGUGGUACGGCGGCCUGCCCUGCUUCAAGCUGGCCAACGACAUGGCGCAGCCGCGGCCGCUAGGGGUGGCGGCGGUCGCGGGGGUCUUCAUCCUGCUGGGGCUCGGCAUGGCCGUGGGGAUCCUCAUCCUGGUGGUGGAGCACCUGUUCUACAAGUACACGCUGCCCCUGCUGCGCCACAAGCCCAAGGGCACCAUCUGGAAGAGUCGCAACAUCAUGUUCUUCAGCCAGAAACUGUACCGCUUCAUCAACUGCGUGGAGCUGGUGUCGCCGCACCACGCGGCGCGCGAGCUGGUGCACACCCUGCGCCAGGGCCAGAUCACCAGCCUCUUCCAGAAGAGCGUCAAGCGGAAGGAACACGAACAGCGGAGAAGGAGAAAGAGCAAAGCCCAGUUCUUCGAGAUGAUCCAGGAGAUCCGGAGGGUCCAGCAGGAGGAGCGCGCGGAGGGGUCGGCACCUGGCGAGGAAGGCGGCGACUCGGUGGGCUCGCCAGGCGACGGCCCCUCUCUGCGCCCCGACGGCCAACGGCGCCGCUCCAAGAGUCCGUGCGCCAGCCGGCUGGACAUCGCGCGCAGGCUGUCCAGGGAGCUGUUCUCGCGCUCCCCCAAGGGCGACGAGGCGGGCUCCAGGUCGUCGCUGAGCGUGCGCCGCUUCUCGUCCGAGGCCGCGCUCAGCCCCAGGCUGCUCGGCGCCGCCGUCGGCCGCCGCCUCUCCAAGGGCAGCACCUCGCCGCCGGACCUCAACUCCAGGAGGGCGUCGCACCUCGACUCGGUGGGCGCCAAGCUGAACCCCAUCGGCGAGAGCGGAGCCUCGCGGUCCGCGUCGCGCCUCUUCAACGGCCGCAACGGCAACAACGGCGGCGGCUCCUCCUCCACCACCGUGGUGGUGGUGGGCCCCGUCCCGGAGCCGCCCGCGCCGGCCAUCCCCGCGGACACCACGGCGGACACGCUCUUGGAGGAGACGGAGGAGGACGAGGAGGCGUGCAAGGCGUCGCUGGACGCGGGGGCCGCGGCGGUGGCCAGCCGCCGGCACCCCGGCAAGGCCAAGGGCGCCGGCAAGGGCGGCAAGGGCCGGCCGGGGUCGCUGCACCGCCUGUCCCGCGACGAGCUGCUGGGACUGUCGCGGUGCUCCGAGGCCGAGCUGCGGGAACACCUGGUGCGCGCCAUCCGGGAGAAGGACGGCGCCGACCCGCCUUGA